ACUCUAUCCACUCACCACUUCAUUCCCACCAUGUAAAACCACAAGACACAGAGAGAGAGAGAGAGGUGCUCAUAUGGAGGGGCUUCUAUGCAGGAGUUCUCUCUGUAAUGGAGUUCCCAACUUUCAAGGAAAGAAACUACCUGAAUCUUGCCGUCAAUUUCCUUCAUCGUUGAGACAUUCAUUGCCCAUUGCUGAUAAUAUGCACCAUGUUGUUAACCGGGAAGUACUGUAUAUGUCGCAACAUGUCAAGCAUUGCGUGAAGGCAUUUGCAAUAAGGAGAAGGAGAGCAUUCAUGCAAUCAGAAACAUAUGUACUGCUUGAGCCGGGCAAAAGCGAAGAAUUCGUAUCGGAGGAAGAGCUCAAAGACAGAUUAAAGUUUUUGCUCGAGAACUGGCCGGGGAACUCCUUACCGCCUGAUCUUGCCAGAUUCAAUACUAUCGAUGAUGCCGUCUCACAUCUUGUGAAGUCUGUUUGUGAGCUCCAAAUCACCGGCCAAGUCGGUUCGGUACAAUGGUACCAAGUCAGACUGGAAUGAACAUGAGUUUAUGGUAAAAUGUGUUGUCCAUGAAAAUUGAAACUAUUAUUUCUGCAAUCUGCAAGCAUCUCUGUGAUGCACAUUUCAUCCA